AUGACCGACCACCCGUACACAUCUGGCGGUCCCCUUCCGCCCUCUCGACCGCAGAGCCCCGCGCAAACCAACCCGAAAUACCACUUUGACGGUGUAGACGACGGGCUGGGCGGCGCCCGAGCAGAAAGUCCUGCAUCCUCCCACACCCGCCGUCGUCCUUGUCGAACCAGUUCGAGCACUAGCCAUAGCCACCCCCCACGCUCAGCCUCACCAUCAUGUCUCGAGUCCACUAGCGGAACCGAUCAACGGAUCAGAGCACGGCGAACUUCUACGCUCAAGAGACCUGUCAGACGCGAUUCAGGCUGUACGGAAACCUCGGUUGCCUCGCAGCAGCCAGAGCGGCAGGACUGUUACGAGACGAGCAACGAGGGUGGCGCAUUCCUGCCCAAGCUGGGCCGGAUAAGAGAGGGGAAGAAAGCGAGCAAGAGUUCCAAGAGCCGCGCUAGCUCCACCGUCAGCUCAGCUCUCGGAUCAAAGUCACGACGUCGUCAACGACACAUGGAAGACAACGCAGUAGACCAAGCUCGCGAACGUCAGAGACGCGGCGGCUUGCAGCGACAUCCGGACAAUCUUGCUAACCCGUCGAACCCAUCGCCGGUUUCAUUCGACUCUGGUGUAACACAGCCGUCCAACACAUCAGGUGCCAGUAGCUCGACCGAGACACGGAGGUCUCAUGACAACGGUGGCCAGGAGAUGACUCUGGAGCCAGCAUAUCAAGACCGCAGACCAGCAUCCCAGGCAGCGUUCCACUCCCAGACACUGGCCAACAUGGACCCUCCUCGACCGGAUGUCUUCCAAUUCCUGGCGCCCGACUCACAGGCCAAAUCCUCUGCGAGUGAAGACACACACCACAUGACCCCACCCACAACAAUAUCCUCCGCCCCCUCGUCACCACAUGACACUCGCCUCCACAACGAUGGCUCCUCGACACCAGGCACCUUCCCGCACGAGAUAGAGUCACCCGCUAGCUCGCCAGCCUCGACCCGAAAGUCUGACAAUGAUCACUUUCACUACCAAGGCCGUGAGUAUCGCAAACCGGGGGCGCCACUAUAUGCAAGUAGCUUUGUUCACGGUCACGAAGUGGAAGAAGAAGAGGACGAGGAGGAGGAGGAGGAGGAUGAUGACGACAAUGAUGAAGAAAAUAAAGAUGAAGAUGACAGCAACCAUAGUGAUGAAAGCGAGGAACAAGACGAGGAUCCCAAGGCGAACGAGAGUGGCGAAGAAGCAAGUGGAGCAGAGAGUGAAGAAGCGCACGACGAUGAUGCACAUACUGAGCCUGCUGAUCUGGGCCAGGCACCCAGUCUGGCCCUGGACAAGGUCCCCCCUCCCAUUGCCCCAUCAACAUCAUCCCGACCCAGUGAUCCCCACACUAGACGUCUUAGACAACAGGAAAGGAAGCUUGCCAGCCAUGUUCUGCAAAGCCCUCGGCCACAGAGGGAAAUCCAAUUCGGCGUAGAUCCAUCCGCUGAACAUGUCCCAAUGCCUUUGUAUCAUCCUCAUGCCUACUCGGGCCCAUCUCCAGCUGCUUCACAGGCCACUUCAGGACCAUCGCUGUCAUGGCCUCCUAUGCCUCCAUUGCCUGCCCCCCUUCCCAUAGGCUACUCACCCCAUCAUUCUCCAGAGGGAAGCAAUGCAUUCCCGUUGACAGUACGAUCUCCUGCAGAAGCCAUGCAGCAAAUGGCCCCACCGUUUCCACCGCAUCUCGGCCAACCACCAGUGUAUCAGUCGCAUGCUCCUGCUCCUGACCUGUCUAGGAAGACCGUCAUAGGUUAUGAACUGCUGGCCGAAAAGCUGAGCAAGCCCAAGUCGGCUGGAGGUAAGCGCUCGGCCAAGCCGGGCAAGGGCAGUAUUGUGCCCAUGUACCGAAAGUUUGAGCAUCUCAACCAUCGUGUUCUACUCCACCUGCAGGACGAAGUCAGUGAGAUGGAGGAGGAGCUUCGCCACCUUGAUGAAGUGAUAGCUCAGACAUCGCCAAGGGAUGACUCUGGCCGCUGCUAUCCAGGAUCCAGGCGGGGAGACGCGCGCUUUGGCGGUGAAUCACACUACCGCAGGACUGAACUUCUAGGACGCAUAUUCCAGAAAUUGGGGCAGUACAACCAGGCCUUGUGUUCCUUUCAUACCCUGCUAAAGGAACUCGACCCCACUACCACAGAGGACGUCCAGGCCUAUCGCUCGUGGAUGGAGAAACGCACGCCAAUAGAUUAUACAGAGGCCCGAUUCCUUUCCAGGGAGCAGGAUCUUGUUGUGGUUUCGCGCAAAUCCUCCGCAGUUGGCCAUGAUCAUGUGGCAGCACCUCAUCAUCAUGAUCAUCAUCACUCGGCCGCGGUCUGGUUCCCUUUGACGCUGACACUUCCCGUCAUGGCAUUUGCCAUUGUUCCGAAUGUACUUGCGCGCCUUGUCAUUGUUACCCUCAUCUGCAGUGCCGAGUUGUGGAUGGUCACGGUGACGCCUGAGCUGAAAAGCUUCCUGUCGACCCGGGAGUGGGUUUUUGCUGCUAUUGCGCACACUGCCCGCCCUAUCCGAGAAGAAAUUGGCGGGCUGUGGAGUCGUUCGUGUUGCACGGUUCCUGUUUCCCGCAUGUCGUCAUUCCUCCGCGCAUUUGAGACUUUUGGGGUGAAUUGGACAGCGUUGUACCCUAUCCGUUUUGGGGAUUCAGCCGUGUGGCGGCGGAGGGCAGGGAAGAUGGAUGGACAUCACAUGAGGGUACUUGUAGGGUGCGGUUCGCGACCUUCCAUGGGCCGAUUAGGUGAAAGAUGGGCGCGCCGCUUGGCUGACGACCGGGGUGGGGUGGUUGGAGGCGUAGUACUUGGACAUGCAUCGAAUACUGGGACUGCCUGUGGCACUGGAGAGAGUAGGAUUGAAUGGACAUGCAUGCUGAUUGGAGGGGGAGGCGCUAGUGUGGUUGCCAAUCGAGUUCCUCUGAGGAGGGUCGGGCUGCACAACGUGCCACUUGCGUUUCUGCUUGAUGAUGAGAGAGCCCCAUUGCAGCGGGAUCGGACCGAGAGGGAGAUGGCCGGUCUGUGUCGUAGUAGUGUACUAUAG